UAUUUCCCCAGUCCUACGCGGUAGGUUUAAGACUUGAGCUAGGUGUAUGCCAGAGACUACGGUAUACUAGAAAAGGAUACCUAACACAGUUAUCUCCGAAGGGCAAGUUAUCUCUCCAGCCGCCACAUAUACAUAUAAUUCAGACAUUAUUAGUCAUCAGGUAACUUGACUGUCGUGGAAAUAAAUGAAGCAAUCUUAGUACGGUCAAAAUGUAGAUGGAGGAUACCUGGAAGGAACCUUGGUGCGAAAUCCACUACAUAACCGAAUGAGGUGUAUUAUUUCACAUCUCGGGGGUAGCCACCUUACAUAGUACCUAUAUAUGUACUUAGGUACCUAAUCUUAUCGGUGGUCGGUAGAUAGCGCGCAUUGACCACCUCGGCUGGGGCCCAUUUUCCCACAAACCCAGAACGAAAUUCCAAAAUUGUUAGGGCCCCUCCACUGCAAAAUUCCUAAAUUUCGAAAUUCGGUUAACCUCAAAACCGCCAUCACGAAAAGCUCAAUUGGGAGUUUUCGCUUUACGCACACUACCUUACUGACGACCUUCCAACAGCCAACACUCCCACAAAUAAUUCGAUAUGGCUGACCGAGGCGGUGCCCGCGGAGGCGGUUUUGGUUCUCGAGGUGACCGAGGCGGCGAUCGUGGCCGUGGCCGUGGCAGAGGUCGAGGCCGUCGCGGCGGUGCGAAGGAUAGCGAGAAAGAAUGGAUGCCUGUCACUAAGUUGGGACGUCUUGUGAAAGCUGGCAAGAUCAAGAACAUGGAGGAAAUCUACUUACACUCCCUCCCCAUCAAGGAGUACCAGAUCGUCGACUUCUUCCUACCAAAGCUCAAGGACGAGGUCAUGAAGAUCAAGCCCGUACAGAAGCAGACCCGUGCCGGUCAGCGAACCCGAUUCAAGGCCAUUGUCAUCAUUGGUGACUCCGAGGGUCAUGUUGGUCUUGGUAUCAAGACCUCCAAGGAAGUCGCUACUGCUAUCCGUGCUGCGAUCAUCAUCGCCAAGCUCAGCGUCAUUCCCGUCCGACGUGGUUACUGGGGUACCAACCUUGGUCUUCCUCACUCUCUGCCCGUCAAGGAGAGUGGAAAGUGCGGUUCCGUCACUGUCCGACUUAUCCCCGCCCCUCGUGGUACCCAGAUCGUCGCAUCCCCUGCUGUCAAGCGUCUCCUACAGCUUGCCGGUAUCGAGGACGCUUACACCUCGUCGUCCGGCUCCACCAAGACCCUCGAGAACACCCUGAAGGCUACAUUCGCCGCUAUCUCCAACUCGUACGGAUUCUUAACGCCCAACCUGUGGACCGAGACGAAGUUGAUCAGAAGCCCGCUGGAGGAGUACGCGGAUACUCUCCGAGAAGGAAAGCGAUACUAAAUGCGGAAUUCGGGGCAUACGGCGUAGACUCGUUCUUGUUUUUUUAAUUGCAUCGGUGCCGGGUAGGCAGGCAUCAGAUUAAGGCAGCAAAAUGGCAGCUCGAUUCUGACAAUUCAUACCUAUGAUCCAUUCUUAGUGCACUGUGAAGCUACAGAAUUCACUUAACGCUGACUAUAGGC